ACGUGACUUGUUUAUUAAUAGUUAGCAAGGCUUCGUUUCGGGAAAAGUGGGAAUUUUUGCCGAAAAUUGCAAAAUAUAUGCAAUCAAAUUCGCCGGUUGAUUUCUAAAUCAGGUCAACUCUGACAACAAUGGCAGAUAAGAAAAGGAAGACAACCGAGAGCAGUAAGACUCCAGCGAAGAAAAGGAAAGUUGAGGCAACAAAGAAGACCCCAAGUUCUGCCAAGAAAGCUAAAACUCCAACACCGAAGAAGGUCACAUCAACAAAGGUCAAGAAACCAGAACCUAAAUCAACAGAAAAGAAAACGCCCAAAACUUCUAAAACUCCAACAAAGUCAGCAAAGACUCCAGUCAAGGGAAAUAAAUCUGCAAAAACACCAGUUAAGAAAGCAACACCUAAGCCGGCACCAAAGAAAAAUGACAAAAAGACCAAAUUAGCAGAUAAGACAGUCACAAGAACAAAACUUGAAAAGGCGAAAGUUACAGGUAUUAAGGCAAAACUCGAUAAAGCAAAAGCUCUGAAAGCUAAGGCAGCAGCAUCAAAAGCUAAACUAAAGACUACAAAAAGUGCAGCAAAACCAAAGGCAAUAUUAAAAGCUCCUGUGAAACCGAAGCCAAAGGUUGCAGUUAAAGCAGCACCUGAGAAAAAAGGUAAAACACCAGCUAAAGUGCCAGAAAAAACACCAGCUAAGACAAAGGAAGCAAAGAAGCCAGAGGAGAAGAAGAAAGAUGCUCCCAAGAAAACGGAGGAAAAGAAGGAAACUCCAAAAGCUAAAGCAGCUGACAAGAAACAAAAGGCUACUGAAUCUGUCACAAAGAGGAAAACUGCAGAUGAAGAUGAAAGUGCAGAUGCUCCAAGAAAGAGAAGAAUGAUUACACCAAAUAAAAAGUUUGCAGACUUUGAACUUGAUGUACCGUCCAAACGCACCAUCACACCAAACAAGAAAUAUGCAGAUUAUGAAACAGACGCAUCAUCAAAAAGGGUAUCAGAAUUAAGAGCUUUCAUCCAAGACAAGAAGAAGUCACCUACAGCAGAAACUCCAAGUACUUCAGAGAAAACUACCAAGAAAAAAACUGCAACGCCCUCUGUAUCCGCUAAGAAACCCGAGAAAGCUACUAAAGAAACACCUGCUAGGGAGAUAAAAGUUUUUAAACCCAGUGAUAUGAAACCAGCUGAGAAAUUAAUGAAAAAGCUACAGAAGAAACUAGAGAAGGAAGCAAAAUCUGCACCAACACCAAAACCUGUGGAGAGCAGGGAAAAGGCAAAGAUUAAAAUCACAAAAGUAGUCACAUACAACAAGCCUUUGUCAUCAGAUGAAAAGGAAAUGAGAGCAUUGAAAGCAACACCAAAAACAAAAACUGUUUCAGCUGUGAAAACUGUUACGCCUGGUAAUAAUGCAAAAACUCCAAAACAAACUUCAGCCAAGCCCAGUGUUACUAAGGCAGCUAAAGCCACUCCGAAAGCUACUCCUAAAUCUAAGGCACCUGAGAAGCAACCUCCUAAACCAAAAAAGAUUAAAGAGUUACCAAGAGCAGAAAGACCAAUUCAAGCAAAAUUUACUAGUCAGAAAAAUGUCAAAUCCAAGGACGAUAAUGACCAGUUAAAUUGCUGGAUAACUGGAAUAGGUGUUUUCCCCAGUGGUGAAAUAAUUAUGGUUGACAUGACCAAUAGAAAGAUUAAACUGUUUAGCAAGGACUUUGAUUUUCUGAGUCAAGUGAAACUUGAUACAAUUCCACAGGACAUUUCAGUAAGUCCAGUAAAUGUUAGUGACGCAUACUUUACAAAACCAUUCUCGAAAGAAGGUAUUCAGAAAGUCACUAUGUCAGAUGGUAAGCUCACACUCAAAGAGUCAUUCUGGACAAACGGAACUAAUCGUGGUAUAACCUGCACAAAGAAUGGUAUCCUGACAUCUGUCCAAGAUGGCCGCUACCACGAUCUGGAUAUAAACCACUUCAAGAUUGACCUUCUAGACUACGAGGGUAAAGUAUUGCAGUCAGUUUCCACUGACUCGAAUGGUUCUCGUCUGUUUAAACUACCAUUAUAUUUUACCGUGAACAACACUGGGAAACAGAUGAUUGUUGCUGACUGCAUCAAACACUUCUCUUAUGUUGUUAGUGUCGACAUGACUGGUAAAAUAAAGUUCAAAUACGAAGGUAUGAGUGGGAAUUUGGUAACUCCGCGUGGUCUGACAAUCGAUGACGAAGAUAACAUUUAUGUUACAGAAUGGGAACGUCACAACGUUUAUGUCUUGUCUCCAGCUGGAAAACGUCUGCAAGUUCUAUUCACCCAUCAAGAACUUUUAGAGGAGGGUCUAGAUGGACUAAAUAAGCCAUACCAGCUGUGUUUCUACAAGGAGGGUGAUGUUAAGAAGUUGAUAGUCAGCCAGGAAGGAUGCAAUACAGUAAAGAUUUUCCAGAUGUUUAAAAAAGGUCCCGAGACUGAGGAGUCUAAACAAGCUGCAGCAAAAGCUGUUACAGAAAAAAAAGACAUGCCAAAUGGUGAGGCCAGUCCUGCUAAACGAAAACCUGCUACUCCAAAAAAAAAUGGCAGUCAGACUAAAACUUUUACCACAAUUGCAGCUACCGAAGUAAAGAAAACAACAACUGCAGAACCAGUUACAGAAAAAGUAGAACAAAUUGCUGAACCAAAAGAAGCAGUAGCAGAGAAAGUUCCUGAGCAAGAGUUGUCUGAAAGGGUUGAUAAAGUAGAAGUGCCAAGCAAUGAUGUCAUUGAAAAUACAACAGCUGAGACAGUGGAAGAAAAACAUGUUGAGACAGCAGUGCCCAAAGAAGUUUUUGAUGCAGCUGAAGAAGAGAAAGAAGAAAGUCCUCCAGUAUUAAAUCCUGAAUUUGGUGAUGACUUUGGAACAGUUGAAAAUGAAACUGAAGAAAUUUCUUCAGUUCAAGAUGCAAUUAAUUCAUUGAAUGACUCUAAAGAAGAUCAAAUUGUACAUGAAACAGAUGCCGUUGAAAGUGAUGUUGAUGCUAACCUUGAAAGUGGGGCUGGUAUAAAUCAUGAAAGUGGGGUAGAUACUAAUGUUGAAAGUGAGGCUGUUUCCAACCAAGUUCAGGUUGAAAUAUAUGAACAAGUUGGUGUACCUCAUGUUGAAACUUUAGACACACAGCAAGAAAUUGCAGAAAAUAUGAAUGUCCAGGAAGAAGUACAAGUGCCUGUAGAAAUGGAUGUACAACAAGUUGAACUGAUGAAUUCUCAAUAUGAACAGGUUCUUAUUCCGGAAGAAGAAAUUAUUACAACACAAUCUGUUGAUACUGAAAUCCAGUCUGUGCCUAUGGAGUCGGUUGCCCAUGAGACAAUUAUUAUUCAACAAGAUGUUAAUCAAAUGGACCCUCAUCAUUAUGAGAAAAUUGAAACUGUGACAAUGAACAAUAACGAUGCCAGCAAUUUGAUACAAACUGAAACUGUGCAGUACGUAACAGAUGUUGACAUGCCGGAAAGUUAUGCUACAAAUAUUGCUCAAAGCGAAAUCGUUACUACGGAGAUGCCGGAAGAAAUCGUUACCAUGGUUACUGAAACUGUAUGAAAAGACAUUCUGAACUGAAAUUCAAGAUUAAUUUAAGCUACAUGGAUAAGAUAAGGCGAACCUAGGGUGCUACAUUUAUUAAUCAAGAUGAUGUUUAUUAUGUAUGAAGUAAGCAAGUGAACUGUAAAUGAGUUAGGUUUCCAUUCAGCAUUGUCAAGUUUGUUUCUCGUGAUACGAUAAUAAAUGAAAUUUCCUCCAAAUUUCUUAUCAUAUAGCAUUCCAUGUAAGAAAAUAUUUUUCUAUAAAUUUGCAAAAAGCUAGUGAUAUGGCGAUUUCUUUAUAGCUAUAAAUACUUUAAUUAUUAGUAGUACAAUAUUGUAAGCUUUUGUAUAAAUUGAUGUACAUCUAAUAUAUUUGUGUCUUAUGAAUUCAUACAGGAAUCACAUAAAUUUUUGUAUAUCUUUUAGACUUGUUUUAAAAAAUCAUGUUUUAAGUGACUUAACAGGAAUGGUACAACAGUAACAUGGGGGACUUGUUUUUUUGUAAAUGGAUAUAUCCUUAUGAACACUCAGUAACAUAAUUAAUUGUAAAAGUUAAUGUUUUUUAGCUAUGGUUUUUAGUUAUCAAACAAGAGAAGUAUAGCCUCUGCACUGUACUCCUUCAAAAGUGCUUGCUAUGAAAAUACCAGUAUUCUUGUUAUUGUUAAUUUGAAUAACUCUAAAUUGAAAUUGUACUUUUAUAGCCAGUUUAGUUGCAUGGUUGAAUACCUAAGCCAUUAGGAUUCUGAUUAUAAUUGAAUAAAAAUGUCUUAUUUUUUUUCAAUCUGAAAAAUGUCUUUAUGAUUAAGUCAUUUCAAGGGCAUGACAAUGAUGUGUACAUUUUUGUUUAUAUUUGAAUGAUUUCAAGCCUUUCUGUUCAGUUAUGUUUAGAAACUGUAAACCCUGCUUUAAAUUGGAACUAUUUUACUUGUAGGGUUCAGUUUUGUAUUUACUUUCUAUAAACAUGUAGUUUUUAUCAGAUUUUCUGUUUUAAAACCAAGAGAAAACUAUUUGUUGCAGUCUGGUUUGUCAUGGUUAUUUUGUAAAUAAUAUUACGGCAGUGG